ACAAUAUCCUACUCCUAAUAAAGGAGAUUCGCUUGCUCCGUCCCUUAAAGCAUAUGAUAUUAUUCAUUAUGGUACUUUCACAGGAACAGGAGCUAGUUCGAUCUAUGGCAUCUGGAGUAUAAUCAAUACUUCAAUUGAACGUUCAAAACUUGAUAAACUUGAUAAAAAGGUUGAGAAACUUGGUGAGAAGAUUGAGAAACUUGGUGAGAGGGUUGAAAAACUUG